GACGGACAGACUCACCGAUUGCAUAUAUACUUACAUACAUACAACUAUACAUACAGCCUGACGCAGGGUUUGAACGACGACAAAGUGUCCCUCCUCCUGGUUCUCGUCCUCGUUUUUGUGGUUCACUCACCUCCGGUCAACUGGGCUCACGGCUUGGACUUCCGAGGCGUCACCCGUGGUCACCCGUGGCUACCCGUGGCUUGUACCAACCUGACUGAGAGUACUGACUGGCUUGUCGCCAUUCCCGUAUCCCAUCCAGCAUAUCAAUCGAGCCAGACCCUCACCUAGGGGCUUUGGAUUUGUUGGCCACGGUGGCGCCUUUGGGUUUGGGGGAGUGUCAAGACUUCCGAUAACCAACCCGUGUAGGACGUCUCCCCGGUAUUCUCGUUGAUUGACAGUCUACCCGUUCCGCCCACUUUAUCUCUCUGUCCGUUUCUCCUCACCCUCGGUCGGUCACUACGACAGGCGGGCUGUCCGUUCCUGGUCUCUCUUCAUCUUCUUUUACAAUUGAUCGGGUCCUCAACAUGGCCUCCGCGUCGAGCUCUUCCUCGUCCGUGACACCCUACAACUAUUCCUACAUCUUCAAGUACAUCAUCAUUGGCGACAUGGGCGUGGGAAAGUCCUGCCUCCUCCAUCAGUUCACAGAAAAGAAAUUUAUGGCGGAUUGUCCGCACACCAUCGGGGUUGAGUUUGGCACCCGGAUCAUCGAGGUGUCGGGGCAGAAAAUCAAGCUGCAGAUCUGGGACACGGCGGGUCAAGAGCGGUUCCGGGCGGUGACACGGUCCUACUAUCGGGGGGCCGCUGGAGCACUUAUGGUGUACGAUGUGACCCGCCGAUCUACUUACAAUCAUUUAAGUAGUUGGCUGACCGAUGCCAGGAAUCUAACCAAUCCAAAUACCGUGAUAUUCCUAAUUGGAAACAAGUGUGACCUUGAAGCGCAACGUGACGUCACCUAUGAAGAGGCGAAACAAUUUGCAGAAGAGAACGGCUUGGCUUUUCUGGAGACAAGCGCCAAAACGGGCGAGAAGGUCGAGGAUGCAUUUGCCCAGGCUGCCAAACACAUCUUCCAAAGUAUUCAGGAUGGAAGCUUGGAUUUAAAUGCGGCUGAGUCUGGCGUUCAGCACAAACCGUCGGGAGGAUCAAAAAGUCAUUCUCUAACUCAUGACUCCGCUCCCAAAGAGUCUUGCAAUUGCUGAUUAUGUUGAUUCAUCACAGAAUUCGUCAGUUUAACUACUGUAAAAAUGAAUCAGAUUGGAAUUAACGGGCUUGUCAUGACGAGCAUUAUGCGUCAUUUCGUGCUUACGUCGCUCUCCGCUCGUGCAGUUCAUUGGCGAGAAUCAUAUUUGUUGACUAUUUUUUAUGUUUAAACUGGAAAUGCAUUUUAAAACAAGA